AUGGGGUCCGAUGCCUACUUCACUGCCAUCGUCAGCUGGCAAAAGUUGCACAGGAUCGUGUAUGUAGUUGACAUUUUGAUGGUAGACCCAGGCGGUGGCCUACGCAUCUCGUCCAAGUUGACUACGCUGCCGGCUCAUUCGCCCACAACGCAUUCCUCCCCUUCAGCCGUUCUCAACAUGCUCAUUCGCCCCAGGCCCGAGUGGCCAGCCAUGCGAGACGCGAGGACGUGA